UCAAUGACGAAACACAAGCACACACCUGUGAAUAGUGUGGUGGUGGUGGGAGGUCCACCUGUGUGUCCCGGCAGCAGCAGCAGACUGAUGAGCCCUCCUCCUCCUCCGCUUUGCCACCGUCACUCGUCGUUUCCCUGGAAGCCGAGAGGAACCAGUCUACUGCGCCUCCGGCUCACUCGCUGCACGAUUCAGACGCGCACUGGAGGAAUGCGUGGCAAACCCCUGCUUCUGCUCGGAGAUUUAGAUGGAAGACUCGUCUUUUAACAAGUGAACGUUUUUUUUUUAUUACUAGCAUGACAAUUCCCCCUUGGAGCCAACAAAAGGCGUAAGAAAUGUCUCAGCAGCAGCGGCUCGUCCAACUCUCCGCGGCUUCGCUCGCCGUAGUCUUUGGCCCGGAUGAGGAGAGUUUACGCGCCGGCGGAGGGAAACUCAACGCCAACACUGCAAGUGGCCAGGAGAUUUUUGCGGACUUCAAAGCGCAAAACUUGCGCAGUUUCUGGAAUAAGAGGCUCGUCAAGGCCAUCGCCGAGGUGUACUUCCAGGGAUGGAUGGAGAACAUGGUGCUUUUCAUUCAAGGGAACGCGAACAACCUGGAGGUGGUGAGAGAAGCGUGGAUGCGCAGGGCUCUGAGGUCUCCAAAGGGAUUUACCAUCAAGGCUGUCGGUGACCUGUCCCCGGUGCAGAUGUCCCCAGUUCCUCAGUCCCAGUUCAUUCCCUUGGCUGAGGUGUUGUGCUCAGUCAUCUCGGACAUGAACUCCUCCCAAAUCACUGUCAGCCAGGAAGCGCUUGUCAACCAAAUGAGCAAAGCCCAUCCAGGGAUAACCAUCCCCACCCAGGACAUCCUUUACAAUGCUCUAGGCACUCUGAUCAAGGAGCGCAAGAUUUACCACACAGGCGAGGGCUACUUCAUCGUCACACCUCAGACCUAUUUCAUCACCAACAACAUGGUCCGAGAGAAGAACUGGUGGGCGUCUGGUUCAGGAGAUGACCCUCCUUUGCCUCCUCCCGUUACUUACCUGCUGAGCAACGACAUCUGCGCCGAGACCCCUCAAACUCUCCCAGUGGCCCACUGCAAGUCGUGCAGCUGUUUCGGCCCUGUUCAAAUUUCCUCCAAUAUCGCCUCCACCACUGCAACAGGCACCGUCCCUCCCUCCACUGUCCCAGACCAGCAUUCAGUAUCCGUGUCAUUGAGCGAAUGUACAGGAAAGAGCUUAAAGUGGCCGCGACCCUUGGACCACAAACCGACAGUGCAGCAUCAGUCCACCUCUACAGCGGCGGACUGUCAGGCGAGCGAAAUCAGCAAAACAACAGCCACUACGACCGCCACCGGUCGUAAAGAGAGCAAGCCAGGGAGGAAAUUUGGUCUCAGUCUGUUUCGCCGGAAUGCAGGUAAAAAGGAGAAGCCAAAGAAGGAGUACGUGUCAUUUUCAGGCCAGUUUCCACCAGAAGAGUGGCCCGUCAGAGACGAGGACGACCUGAACAACUUGCCCCGGGAUCUGGAGCACGCCAUCAUCAAACGCAUCAACCCCGAACUGACUGUGGACAACUUGACACGGCACACCGUCCUAAUGAAGAAGCUGGAGGAGAGAAAGGAAAGUAGGAUAGAAAGAGUGCUGGACAAGGGUCUGGAUAAAGACGAUAAGGGUGUUGACAAGGGAAUGUCUACUGAGAUCCUAGCCUUCUCAAAACCCAGGCACCAUCACUCGUCUAAGGCGAUGGCCGGGAAAAAGUCUGCGCAGAAGACCUCUCGCAGCAAGCGGAGGGCCCACUCUUCCAGGGAGAAGCAGAAGGAAAGGGACAGGGUUAAGAGUAAGGCUCCCAUAUGUGCUGACAAUUAUCCAGAGGGGGAGGAUUUGAUCCCUACCCGGCUCAGAGGGGAAAUCCCUGUUGAUGAACCGGAUCAAGUGGAAGAAGGUGGAACUGUUGAGGGAAAAUCUCUUUAUAAGAAACGCAUUGAAAACCCUUUCCAGACUCAUCCAAUCAAAGAGGCCGAGAGCGUAAUUCCCGGCACACGAGAGCAUAGAAGGCGGGAGGUGAAAGAGGGCAAAGCUUCGGGGCCCGGGAGGAAGGAACGAACGAGUCACCGCUCGAAAUCCUGGGACCCGCAUCGAGCCAAAGUGUUGGCAGCAGAUGGGGAGAAUGCGGUGAAAUUCCCCACAUCUGAGGACAGGUAUGACUGUGGCCAAGAGAGGGACUUCACUGCUGAGCAUCUGCCCCAAUCUGACAUGAAGCCCAACAGAGAACUUCCACUGGACUACGGCUCAGCCUAUCCGCAGAGCAGCACGCUCCGGAUAGAUGACAAGAUCCGACAUCAGAGGGAAGGGAAAGACGAGUACAGUGGUGUCCCGGGCCACAGUCAGAAUACAGACGACAGUGCUGCUAAUAUCCAGCAAUACUCCAAUACUAAUCCCAUUAUCUCUACUCAUCCAUACGAGCCUGUCAUAAACAACUCAAAUCUGCCCUGGCACAAGGCGCCUUUACAGCGGAAACACUCCCUCAGACUCUCUAACCCUCAAAGAGAUGAUGUUCAGAGGUCUGAGGACCUCUCUGACAGCACAGCCACCCUAGACCAACCGGAGAAGAGAGUUGUCACUACUAGUAACAGAGAGAAAAGGGUCACGAGGCAGGGAGAAAGGCUGGAUCUGACACCCGACGGCCCUCCCUUAAUAACAGACACUGACGGCUUUAUAGAGGACGACUACAGGCUCUAUCAGAGAGCAGCUGAGCACGAGGAUGACGACGCCUGCAGCUCAUUGUGCCUGAACGAGGAUGAGAUUAUCGAUGCUGCGAAUGACUACCGCACAGGUGUGGCCGACUAUCAUUUGCACUAUCAGGAGCCCCACAGCCACUACUACAAACCCAACUUUCACCAACCGCAAGUCGACUUAGUUCAAGACUCAGCGGGAAGCACUUUCAAAGAUUUGAACGCCCCAGCAAACCAGAGGGAGGCGUCCGUCAGCCCCAUCAAAGGAGAGACCGGCUGGAGGCUCCAUCAUCCCCAUCCGAGCACCCAAAGUGAAUCCAGCCCCAGACGAGGCACGUUGUUUCAGGGGGAGAGGCUGCGCGAGGCCAACCUCGACUGUGAAGUCGCAGACAGCAGCAUCUUCGACUACUGUCAGGCCAGCGAGAUAGACUCGGACACGGAGACCGUCCGGAAGUCGGCCGACGAGGGUGAUGGUGAGUCCGCUCACUGGGCGGCGGAGGCGGAGGAAGCGCGAGGGGAAGAGUUCGAUGGGAAGAGCGUCCCUCAGACCCACAGAGCCGUUCUGAGCAUGCCCAGUGGAGGCAGAGGGGCAGAGACGGGGGAGACGGUGGAAAUAGGAGAGAACCAGAGCAUCACGGGAGACAGUGGCAUAGAUUCACCUCGGACCCGCGUCAGCCUGGCCUCCAGCAACACCGUCAUACUGGAAGGUCUCAAGAGAAGAGGCUUUUUGCAAAACCUGGAGAAGCUGCAUUCGAAGAGCAAUGCCAUUCGACCACAGAGCUCACUGCUGCAGCUCACUCCUGUCAUGAACGUAUAGCAGGCCCAGAGCUUUCUGUUGGGAGAUCCAGUAAUGGUUGCUUACCUCCUCAUAUUACAACAGGGGUCUGUGUACAGAUGUACAGUGUAUAUUUUUCUUUUUGUAAAUAAAUUUAAAAGCAAUAUGUUGUGAUUUAUCCAUUCAUAGGUAACAUUAGGUGUGUGCUGUUAAAUGGUGCAUGGUGUAUUGACUGCCUUUUAUGUGUCCAUGUACAGUUUUCUUUUACUACACUAGUCAAAAUGUUAAUAACAGCAGUAUUGCUGUAUGCGAUUGCAUUUUUUUUCCUGUCGUGUAGCAGCUUCUACAAAUAAAAGCAUAUGUUACCAAAGUGC